AUGAUACUCUUAUCACAAAAAUUAAGCCGUCCCUCCAAUAAAAAACAGCCCCAUCAUACCCUAUCGUCUUCCCUCCACGAUUUCCGGUCGAGAAUUUCCGAUUUCAUCUCCCAGGCCCGAUUUGGGCCCAAUCGGGCUGGGCUUGAGAAAUGUUUCGACCUGAUAAACACGGCCAACUCGGCUUUCGCAAUUAUGGCGGCCCAAAUAGACCACCCGAUGAGCAAAUGGGGCGAAAAUCUCACCGAACGAUACCUUAGCUACACGCUGACCCUGCUCGGCCUCCUCAACUCGGUCAGCUCAUCCCUUUCCCAUCUAAACCGGGUCAAGAUGUCGAACGCGUGCGGUUGCCUGAAGAAAAUCCAGAAAGAAGAAUUUGACCCGAGUUUCAAACCCGAGAGUGCGAUGAGUAGGGAAGAAAAUCCCGGUUCUUACAAGGACCGUCUUCUCCUUGAUGGUUUGUCGGUUUUGGAGAAGAUGGGGCUUCUGGCAAUGGGUUUUGUGUUGUCCGGUUUGUGCAGCGAUGGUAAGGCUUACAUGGAGAUGAGAAGUUGUGUUGGUGGAUUUGAAGACUCGUUGACAAAAGAGUUGGAUUCGAGAUUGUGUAAGGAGGUGAUGGGGAGAUUGGAUGAGGUGAAGGAGGUCAAUGUUGCGGUGGACCGCCUUUCGGAGGUCAAGUGUAUUGAUGGUGUAGAAGAGUUGAAGCUGAGAUUGGAGGUGCUCGAUUGUUUGAUUCAGGGGAUAGAAAAGCAAGCCAAUGCUCUGUUUUCUCAUGUUUUAGGUGUAAGAAAUAAGUUGAUAGACAACAUUAGGUUGACAGGGUAG